UUUACAUUCUUAAGCUAUAAUUAAGCUUAUGAGUAAGUUGCAGCAAAAUAAUAUUGAAACUGACAUAACCUAAAAAUAUAUAAAUGGCAAAAAAUAUUAUAAUUAUUGGAGCAGGUGCAGCAGGAAUAGCGGCUGCUGUCAAAUUAAUAAAAAAUGGCUUAAAAAAUGUAGUUAUAUUAGAAGCCAGUGACAGAAUUGGUGGUAGAAUUUAUACCACAAAUUUCAACAACAACACAGUAGAUUUGGGAGCACAAUGGUGUCACGGAGAAGAAGGAAAUAUUGUAUAUGAUAUCGUAAAGGAUCUGAAUCUAUUGAGCGGUUCAGAAAUGUAUUGGAAUAAUGAGUUUUUAAUAUCGAAUGGAACAAUUGUUCCUAAGAACAAUUCUAAAAAACUAGAAGAAAUUUAUUAUGAAAUUGGUAUAAAUGAUGAUGAUAUAUUCGAUUCAGAUACUUCUGUUGGACAAUUCAAAAUUAAAAAAUAUAACAAUCUCUUGAAACAACAUGAGUAUCAAGAUAUCAAUGAUGCUCUUUCUGAGCAAUACUUAGAUUGGUGUCACAAGUUUAAUAAUAGUAUUGAUGCAUCAGACAAUUGGUUUGAAAGUUCUGCUAAAGGAUCGUUGGAAUAUCAUGAAUGUCCUGGGCAUCCAAUAUUGAAUUGGAAAGGAGCAGGAUAUAUAAGGUUUUUAGAUGUUUUGAUGAACAAGUACCCUGAUCCAAAAAAGGUUUUAAAUUUGGAUAUACAAUUCAAAAAAGAAGUUAUAUCUAUAGAAUGGAAUCAGCCUUUAUCUGAAAAACCAGUCACUAUAAAAUGCAAAGAUAAUUCAUGCUAUGAAGCUGAUCAUGUUAUUGUUACUGUACCUUUAGGCGUUCUAAAAAAUAGCUCUAGUUUAUUCAAACCAGAUUUACCACAAUAUAAAAUGAAAUGCAUAGAAAAUCUAGGUUUUGGAAUUGUUGAUAAAAUAUUUCUUCGUUUUGAAUCAAAAUGGUGGCUUCCUGAUUGGAAUGGGAUCAGAUUAUUGUGGACUGUCGAGGAUAGAGAGAAAGAAAAUGAAAAAUGGCUCAUUGAUGUAUUUGGAUUUUAUACUGUUGAUCAAUGUCCUGAUGUACUUUGUGGUUGGGUGACUGGACCAUCAGCCAAAAUUAUGGAAUCUUUAAGUGAUGAACAAGUGUUGAAAUCAUGCUCUCGUUUAUUAAGAAAAUUUGUUGCAAGGCAUAGAUUGAGGAAUAAUAUAUCAUAUUAUAGUGAUCCAAUUGAAGUUCUGAGGAGUAAAUGGGGUGAAAAUCCUUACAGUCGAGGGUCAUAUUCAUUACGAUUAGUCAGGACAGAAAAAUAUGGAGGUAGUUCAUUUGAACUGUCGAAACCAGUUUCAGAUGAUUUUGGAAGAAUGAACCUUUUAUUUGCUGGAGAAGCUACAAGUCAAAAUUUUUAUUCAACGGUUCACGGGGCUGUGGAAAGUGGAUUUAGAGAAGCUGGUAGAGUAAUUAGUUUGAAUAAUUACAGACCAGAUACAAGAUCCAAGCUAUAG